AUGAUGGCUCGUCGGGGUCACAUGCACACUCAAUCCAAUUGGAAUGGACGUAGACUGCAUCACAAGACCAGCGCUGGCCAUUCAAAAUCUUCCAAAACAAAACGUCAAAAUGUGCCAAAGUAUGGUCGAAGACACUACAACCCCUACCUCUAUCACAAUGGUGAUCUCUACCAGGAUGACAACACUCUCGAGUUUGACAGUGAGGACGAUGAUGACGAGAUUGAGGGUGUAACCUGCAUUGGCCUAGCCAACAAAAAGUACCGAAAGGGGAAAAAGAGCAACAAAGGGAAAAAGUACCAACACUACAAACAUCGCAAAUCUGGCGCCAAGAAGGGGCACAAAUACAAGCACAAAUCGCUCCGACAUGCUUCCAAAAGCAAGUCGAAAAGCAAGAGCAAAUCCAAAUCUUUCAAGAGGAAAGAGUACUUUGAAUACUGUGAAGAUGAGGUGCCAGUAGUGGAAGAAACUCCGGAGCCAGUGGAAGAAACGCCGGAGUUAGUGGAAGAAACUCUGGAGCCAGUGGAAGAAAUUCUGGAGCCAGUGUUGGAAGAAAUUCUGUGCAGCGCAAACGUGGAAGACUUUCGUUCUUCGGUGGGCCUCCAGUUCAGUGGUAGUCCACAGUUCUUGACGGGUCCGGAACAAAUCGCUCUGGAAAACAGCUUUCAGGAAACAUACAAUGUGCUCACCUUUGCAAAUUGUGAUGGAUACUUUCGAAGCAUUGAGGGGGUCAGCUUGUUUGUCCCUGGGGAGCGACCUAGCUAUUGUUGA